AUGUCGCUCGUGCGGCAGUUCCUCGCGCAGAUCCGGCAGCACGUGCGCGACGAGCGCGACGACCUGCUGCGGGCAUGGCUCCAGGUCGAGCCCAGCGCGCCGCGCCAGUACCACGACAUGGCGGCCGAGCUGCGGCGCUCCUUUGCGCAGGGCCUCGAGGCCGUCAUUGACGAGUGCCUGCCGCUCGACGACGACGGCGACGACGGCGACGACGACGACGCCAAGGCGUCCGUCUGGCCGAGCUUCCAGGCGUUUAUGCGCGACUACCUGACCCUCUGGCGGGACAUUAACCACGACGACUUGCUGCAGGCUCAUGAGCUGCUCACGGCCCUGGUCAACUCCUGCGGCACCGCCUUCACCCACCCCCAGCACGGCGCCAUGCUCAUCCAGCUCAGCAUGUCGCUGUGCGAGUCGCUCGCCCGCUUCACCCUGCGCCUCAACCGCAGGCCCGACCUGACGCGCCGCCUGCGCGCCUCGCGCGACGACGAGGGCGCCACAAAGACCGUCGCCGAGUCCUCGGCCGAGACCAUCCAGAAGAUCUUCAAGACGUGCCUCAUGGACCGCGCCUCGGGCCGCAAGCCGGAGGGCAAAAAGGUCGGCGUCUACAUGUUUGCCAACCUCGUCCUCAAGCUCCUCUUUGCCUGCAAAAGGACCAACCUGGCAAACAUGAUAUUUCGCAACAUGUCGGCCAGCUCGCCUCCUCUGCACCUCUACCCGGCCUCGCAGCGAGUCACCUACCUCUACUACCUAGGCCGCUUCAACCUGUCGACGAACCACUACCUGCGCGCCGCCUUAUGUCUCGAGCAGGCCUACCUCCAGACGCCGCCCCAGCUCGUCUCCCAUCGCACAAAUAUCCUCACCUACCUCAUACCCUGCAACCUCCUCGUCGGCCGCUUCCCCUCUGCCCGCCUCCUCGACCGGCCCGAGGCCCGCUCCCUGCAGCCCAUCUUCCUGCCCCUAUGCCAGGCCGUCCGCUCCGGGAACUUUAUCCAGUUUCAGCACCACCUCGCCGCCCACGAAGCCUGGCUCUUUGAAAAGGGCCUCUAUCUACCCCUCAGCUACCGUCUCCGCCCGCUGCUGUGGCGGUCUCUGGCUCGCAAGACCUUCAUCUUGACCUACGUGCCCCCCACCGAUGCGGCGUCGCGCAAGGCCGCGACGCUGGACCUCGCCGACCUUCUCGCCGUGGCCACGUACCUUCAGCGUCGCCUCCAGGGCUGGCUUCCCUCAAGCCACGUCGUCCGCGGCCGGCCGCCGCACGUCAACGCCCUCUUCAUCAAGGCCAUCACCAGCAACGUCCACAUCCCCACCGAGACGACGCUCGUGCCGCCCCCCGGCGGACCCAAGAAGCUGCGCCCCAAUGAGGGCCUGAUCUGGGGCAACGCAGACGUUACUUUCAACGAUAUUGAGAUGACGGUCGCCUCGCUCAUCCAGCAAGAGCUGAUGCACGGCUUCGUGGCUCACGGCCAGGGCAGGUUCGCCAUCAUUGGAGCCAAGGCAAAGGGGCCCGUUCUCGCCGGCUGGCCCACCGUCUGGCAGGCCAUUCAAGAGAGGAGAUACGAGGAGACGUUUGACCCAAACGAGGUCCCUGGAUGGGUCAAGGGCUAA